AUGACCAGUGAAUUGGCAGAGUUUUUCGCGACCCUGCUGCGGAUUGCGAAGUUUAUCUUGGAUGUGACUCUAACGCUGAUUUGCAGCGCUCUUCUGCUGCUGGCAUCAGUGCUGCCCUGGCGCCUUCCCUUCAUCGUGCUAGAACUGGUGGAGACCUGUAGUAGCCUCACCUUCCAAAAAUUUCAGAAGCAGGCGGCUCGGCAGUUCCUGUUCUCCCUGGGAGAUGUCGUGAUCUUUGCAUUGGUCCUAGCCUCCCUUUUCUGGCCCCCUCGAUGGCCUGGGUUACUGCAUACCUUGAAACUGGCCGCCAAGCCACCUCGAGAUGAAGAUGACGAUAGUCACAGCGGCUACAACUUGGAAACACGCUUUGAGUGGAUCAUGAACGCCUUUGAAAGUUAUGCAGACAUCCUGCUGUUUCCCUUGGUACUAGUGCUCCUGCUAGCGCCGUGGCGAUGGCUUUUGCGGGGUCUGAAGCUUCAGAAUUUCCAGAAAUCUAUGGAGCGCGCGAAGAGAUCUGAUCGGCCCUGCGCAAGGAUGUCUGCCUUUCGAAAUUGGGCUGCCUGGGAGGGCAUCAAUGCCAUCAUGGACCUGCCAUUUGUCGUCUUGGGCCUUGCGUCUGCUGUGAUUCCGACACGAAUCAAGGCGUUUAUUUCUGUGCUACUUCGAAUCGACCUGGAAGACGACCUUGAAGAUUGUGAAGCCAGGGUGUAUUUGGCCAUGCUCCCCAUUUUGUCCAUUUGCGACAUGCUGGCGGCUGCUUUGGCAUUCCUAGCCAUCGUCAAUCCCUUGCGCUGCGGAGCAUUUCUGCGGCUGAUGUCAGCAAAGUGGAACGACAAGUUAGAGACCACAUGUAAUCUUUCGCCGGAUUUUCAGAAAGUGGUUCUAUGGAAUGCCCGCCUGCGCUCCAUUGCGAUACGUUCAGGUUUAGCGUCAUUGCUGGAUUUGUUGCUUCUUCCAUUGGGCCUGAUGGUUUGCAUCACCCUGUACAGAGCAACUGCGGCUUGUGGGGGGGGUUGGAUCGCUGUGCGAUGA